GUCACUUAUGAAGGGAGUGUAGGAGAGACAGCAUGACGGUGGCAGCGGCAGAGGCGGUGGUGAGAUGGGCGGUGAUGGUGGCGGCGCUGGCGUGCGUGUGCGCCGCGCAGGACCUUGGCGUGGUGGACAUCAGCCGCUGCAAGAACUCGUGCUCCGCCGUGCCCGAGGACCUGUGGCCAUCCUGCUGCGAGGCCCACACUACGUGCUGUGAGGAGUUUGCGGAUUCCUGCAUGCAUGAUUGCCUGCCGCGGGUACACACCGGAGACGUGAGUGCCGUGGAGGAGCGCCCCGGGAUGUGCUGCGCCCUCUACAACCUUUGCUGCUUCAGGGAGACCUUCAGAAUCUCCUCAUCCAAGAGCCACUCGCAGGAGCCCGUCAACUUCCCCAUCGUCCACCGUUUCCACGUCCCACCGCCAACCCUGCAGGAGGCCAUCAACCCAGCACCACGCCCAGCGCAACGCCCAGCGCCACGCCCGGCCUUCUCGGCACCCAAGCAGACCACUGACAACCUGGACCAAGACUCAAUCACAGCACCUAAGAGACCAAGCUUCAAUCGCCCUCAGCUCUCCAAGAAAACAUUCCGACCUGAGCGCCCUCAAAGCUUAAAAAAGCCACAAGGUCCUGAGGAGGAGGAGGAGCCUUCGACUGGCGUCUCUGGGCCAAACCAGCCAGAUGGCGAUGAUGACAAACCCAAGACUCGUCCCAAGUUCGGCUUCCUGGCUAACAGAAAGGCCCAAGAGGAGAGGAGGAAGCUCGAGUCACAAGAAGAACCAGGCAGUCAGGUGAAGGUAACAAGACGUCCGGCCACAGCAGACAUCCGGCAGGAGGUUGCUACUCAUGAGGUCAUGGUGGCAGAGUCCCAGGGUUCCCGGCGCCUCGAUGCUUCCAUCAACCCCAUGGUGACCAGGAAGAGGAUAAAACAACCAGGCGAGACAAGGCAAGAGUCAAGUAGUGUCCAGGUGAGGAAAACAGAUGAUACACCAGCCCGUGAAGGCCGUACUCUUGGUGCUGGAAGGAGCAUCAUACGACCCGCCGUGCAACAAACCUCCGGCCGUGGACAGUCUGUAGCAGUGGCCGGGCAGGAGGACCCUCGCCCACCCACAAGGAGGCCCUCACAGACACCGCCUCCUCCUGUCAUUGAAGCCACACCUAGAGUACCUGUAAAGGAGAUACUAGGUGCCACAGUAGCUGCUGCAAAGAUACCUGAGCCCGUGAAGGAGAGUGAGAGUACUUUGAUUAAACAAGAGGCCAGCAGUCAAGUAGAGACGAUAAUCAGUGCAGUCGAACAGGCACAAGAAACAGACGCAGCCCUCGCACCAACAGGUGAAAAAUCCUCCGUGCCCAAGGAAGAUGAAGCUAGUGAGCCAAGCCAGCAGGAGGAAGCCACGGAGAAGAAAAUGGAGCCAUCAGCCGGGGAGAUGGAGGAGGGAACAAAGCCAGAAGUGAUGAAGGAUGAAAAGAGUGGACCAGAGACACCUGAGAAAGCUGCCUUUGCUCCCCCUGAGAUUGAAGUCAACAUUCCCAAGGAGCCUAAAGUAGCAAGUGCACCCGAAGUUGGAGCUGCCACCCUGGAGGAGCCUGCCAGGAUCAGAGGGGGAAAUUCAAGGACCAGGAGCUCAGCAGGGGAGCAGCCGAGUGCCACAGAAGCAGCUCAGACCCAAGGAGGAUCAAGCAGCAGAGGGGGCUCACGAGGCAGAGGAACAUCAAGGACAGCAAGCGUGCCAGAAGCUGAGGACACCGAGGCCCCCACCAGUACCAGCAGGAGAUCAAGGACGAGGGGUUAAGAGGGUGAAGGCUUGGGGGGUGUCAAGACUUUUUAUACCCAGGGGAUUAUAGCGUAUUUGCGUGCCAGACACAGAAAUAACAGCUUGAAUGAAUGUACAAAAAAUUACUUUCAGCACAUUUCAAGUUUUAGGAACCAGAUGUCAUUACUGUAGUGGGUGAUGUUUGGAAAAGUUUGCUGUGUAUGUGUGCUGCUGUGUUGAAGACUUUACUUAAGAUCAAGACAAUGUAUAUAUCCUUCAAGUAAAAAUAAAAAGUAAAGUUUCUUA